UUGACAUGCUAGAGCGCUUCAUAGAACUGGAACCUGCAGUUACUGCCACUCUCCUGUCCAGGGAGGUCAGAAAAGGGGAGGAUGUGAACAAGAACACUCUCAAGAGCGCUGAACUCAUGGAUGCUUAAGACAUAGUCAAGCUGAUGACACCUGUUAAAGUUAUAACCACUUCUAUGUGUGAAGAUGAGCAGCCCACACUCUCCAUGAUUGCCCCAUACCAAACUCAGCUUGCAAAGAACUUUGAGGCAUCUGAUGACGACACAUCACUCAUUGCUGCCAUGAAGAAGGUGUUCAGGGAGGACUUUGAGAAUCGUUACACAGGUGUCCAUGACCUCAUCUACACUGCGUCAGCUCUGGACCCUCGUUUCAAGAUGCUGCCAUUCUUGAGUGACCAUGAGGUUGAGAGAAUCUUCCUCAGACUGAUAGAUGAAGCUGCCGCCCUAGACAAGGAAGCAGUAAACAGUCCAGAUGAACAUCCAGUUCAGAGUGAUCCAAUGGAGACAGAUCCCCCUCAGAGAGACCCUGGCCCUGGCCCUGCUCCUGGAGAACCAGACAGCAUCGUUAGUCCCCAGAUCAAGGAUGAGCCAAAAGAUGAUGACCCUCCUCGCAAAAAGAAGAAAAGUGGGGCAUUAAAACAACUGUUCGGAGAACUCUUCCAAGUGAGAGCAACAGUGAGAACCUCAAGGGAGAAAGCUAGCGAGGAAGUAACAAGGUACAAACAGCGGGAUCCGUUGGACCUGGACGAGGACCCACUGCAGUGGUGGAAAAAACAGGUGGACCUGCCACUGCUGUCAUCUCUUGCAAAGAGAUACCUCUGCAUACCAGGCACCAGUGUGGCAUCAGAAAGGGUCUUCAGCACUGCAGGAGAUGUCGUUACUGCCCAACGCAGUGUACUCUCACAUGAACAUAUUGAUCAAUUGGUUUUCCUCAAGAAGAAUCUUGAAAAGAAAAAGUACUUAAAGUAGCCUAUAGGCCUACGUGACAUGACACACAGCACAUGUGAUUGUAAAAUUGGUGGUAGCUUGCACUGUGUUCAUAGUAAGAAGAGCUAAUGCUGCAUUCAGUUAGUUUAUCUAUCAGUUAAAUAAAUACAAAGGCACCUUAAAUGUACAAUGUAAUAUUGUAUGCUGCUAGUUAUUUCUCAGUAUGCUUUAAUGGCAGAUGUUGCACUGAUGAUGCACUGAACUCUA